UCAGUCAACGACAGCGGUUCACUACAGCGAUGUAGCAGACGUCGAUAUCAGUGCUUAUACCUGCCAAAAGCUGAUUUUCAUUUUUUUUAAUGGAAUUGUACAAUUGUCGCUUUUCUGACGUUUAUUUUUAAGGGGAUGAGGAAAAACAAGAAGAAGAAACAAAACGGAGGAGUUGGAGUCACUGGGAAUGUAUCUGUCACAAGAGACCUGGACUGUGGGAGGAAACAGAAGCUGGCUGACAUCCACCAGGCUUUGAUCAGAGAUCCAGUGGACAUUGAGACCCUGAGGAGAGCUGCAGCCACCAAAGGAGGUCUGCUGACUGAUGAACUGAGGAGAAAAGUGUGGCCCAAAUUACUAAAUAUAAACGUGUAUAAUCUACCACACAAACCCGGUCGAGAUGUGAGAAAGAACCACAAGGACUACAACCAAGUAGUCUUGGAUGUCAGGAGGUCCAUGAAACGGUUCCCUAAAGGCAUGCCGGCAUCAGAGAGAGCAGUGCUUCAGGAGCAGCUGAUUGACAUCAUACUGCAGGUGUUAAAACGCAACCCUCAGCUCCACUACUACCAAGGUUACCAUGAUGUGGCUGUCACAUUGCUGUUGGUGGUUGGGGAGCGGAUGGCCAUGGCCAUGCUGGACACACUGUCCAAUUAUCACCUCAGGGAUUUCAUGGACCCUACCAUGGACAGCACCAAGCAUAUUCUGAACUAUCUCAUGCCUAUACUGGAACAAGUUGAUGUGGCGCUACAUGACUUUAUGAUCAGAGCGGAGGUUGGAACCAUCUUUGCACUUUCUUGGCUCAUCACCUGGUACGGCCAUGUCCUGUCAGAGUUCAAAUACACCCUGAGACUGUACGACUUCUUCCUGGCGUCACACCCACUGAUGCCCAUCUACCUCGCUGCUACGAUUGUGUUGCACAGGGAGAAGGAGGUGAAGCAAACAGAGUGUGACAUGGCCAUGGUGCACCACCUCCUCUCACGCAUACCUGAGGAUCUCCCAUAUGAACUUCUGAUUGGCCAGGCCCAGGAUCUGUUUGAUCAGUAUCCUCCAUCAUUACUGGCCAAGCAGGCAGCACUGCAAUCUCGAAAGAGACCUAACAGUUCUUCAUCACUGGCUUGCACUCCUUUCCCAUCCCUCUCUCCCUCUGCUAUCUCCCGUCAGCCUGUCGAUCAGCACUUUCCAGGCAUUUCAGCUCUCCACCCUCCACCAGAGGCCAGACUCUGUUCUCCAACGCAUCACCAGGGCCCAGGGCUCCACCACCUCCAGACAUGGCCAGGAAGCAGCCUUGCGCAGGGACCGUGGCCAGCUGUGGGGGAAGGGGAACAGGAUGGUGAAAAUGGCAGUGUGGGGGCUGUCCGCAACACUCGGGGCAGCCGUGUUCGCUGUGGCUCAGACUGCAAUGGACUGGGGACCUGAGGUGUUACUUCAGCUGUUUUAGUGUGGUGGGAAUACAGAUUUUGUGACAUUUGGAAACACGAUGACAAUCAUAUGCUGUCCUGAUGAAUCAGCAACAUGCAACCAGGAAAAAAUGCAAAGAAACUUGGAAGACUUAAAGAUCGCAGAGAUGGUGGAAAUCAGAAGUUGUCUCAGUGCCAAACAGGUUGUUUCUACUUAACUAUGAUGAACAUAAAUUAUUUACUAGUGAAUCUCAGGAUUUGUGUGCUUGAACGUGAGCCUGUAUGUGGAUUGAUUAUUGAUUGAACCUUAUGUGAGAAGUCCCAGGAGCCCAAUUUGUUUUUGAAGAGCUGAUCAAAAUCAAAAAGUGGAUAAAAACAGACCAAAGAGACACAGAAUUAC